AAAGGCGACGUUCAGGAGCUAAAAACUUGCAUUUCAUGGCAUGGAGGACCCAGCGGGCUGCAGCAGCCCUCUGAUCUGUGAGAGGUUUCAUGGUGGGUGAGGAGCAGAUCAUGGUCUGAACCCAGUUAUCAUCGAGCCGAAGAAAAAAAGCCUCGUCUAGCUGCUCUAGUACUGUCCUCUUUUUCUCCCCUCCUUCUCUGUCUUCUUUUCCUUUCCCUCGGUGAAAUCUGACACAGCAUUUGCGUGUUUCUCUCUAGUUUGGAUGUCAGAUAGAGGCUGACUGUACUUCAUGUUUUGCAGUCAAACAGUAUCAAAAGAGAGGAAACAAAGCUAAUUCUGCAGCGAUUCAGAUGCCUUCAACUUUGGGCGAGAGGGACAACCCCUAAACCCUGUUUUUACACGAGGGACCGACACACACACAUCUCCGUCAUCUUCCUCUUCAUGAGCAGGACGCGUCUCGUCUAAAGGUGAUCACAGAACCGACGGGGACCAUGGCAGCUACUUUAUCGGUGGAGGAAGAACAGGCUACCAGGCAGUUUCUGGAGGAAAUCAACAAGUGGACCAGUCAGCAUGGGGUGUCACCACUGUCCAGGGAAUUGGCCGUCAAGUUCCUCAUGGCUCGCAAGUUUGACGUCCUCCGAGCCAUCGAGCUUUUCCACAGCUACAGGGAAACGCGUCUGAAAGAAGGAAUCGUCAGACUUCAGCCACAGGAGGAACCUCUGCGGUCGGAGCUACUCAGUGGAAAGUUCACAGUGUUGAGUGUUCGGGACCCCUCAGGGGCCUCCAUCGCCCUGUAUACAGCCAAGCUUCACCACCCAAACAAGACGGGAAACCAUGUGGUGCUUCAGGCCCUCUUCUACCUCCUGGACCGGGCUGUGGAAAGCUUUGAGACCCAGAGGAAUGGCUUGGUGUUCAUCUAUGACAUGGCUGGAUCCAACUACACAAACUUUGAGCUGGACCUGAGCAAGAAGAUCCUCAACUUACUGAAGGGGGCGUUCCCAGCCAGGCUGAAGAAAGUCUUGAUUGUUGGGGCCCCUGUGUGGUUUCGAGUGCCCUACAAUCUACUCAGCCUGCUUCUCAAGGAGAAACUCAGAGAGAGGGUUCAGAUGGUGAAAAUGGCCGAACUGCGCCAACACCUCCCCAGGGACUGUCUCCCCCAGCACCUCGGUGGUCUGCUGCCUCUUGAGUCAUACAGCUGGAACCAGCAGCUGCUGGCGGGUCAGAACGGCAGAGUCGACCCCGUGGACGAACUGGUGGGCAUUCCUAUCGAAGAUGCUUCAAUCCACGUCCCGGGACCUGAGUCCAUGCGCCCACAGGAGCUGCUGGUACACCUCGGGAGGCUGCAGCGCUCAGGCAUCCAUCAAGAGUAUGAAGAGCUCCGUAAAGAGCCUCCACCCGGAACCUUUCACUGUGCACAAUCUGUCUACAAUCAGGAGAGGAAUCGCUAUGGAGAUGUGCUGUGCCUUGAUCAAACAAGAGUUCGAUUGAAACCCAGAAGAAACGAGAGAUCUGACUACAUCAACGCGAGCUUCAUGGACGGCUACAGACAGAGAAGCGCAUACAUCGGCACCCAAGGACCAUUAGAGAAAACCUACAGUGAUUUCUGGAGAAUGGUCUGGGAACAAAAUGUGCUUGUUGUCGUCAUGACAACCAGGACGGACGAGGGCAGUCGGAGGAAGUGUGGACAGUACUGGCCUCUGGAGGAGGGAGGACAGGAGGUGUAUGGCCACAUGGCAGUGGUUAACCAGAGAGUGGACCAUCACACCCACUACAACCACACCACCCUUGAACUGCACAACACUGAGACAUGUGAACAGAGACAAGUGAGUCAUUUCCAGUACCUCAGCUGGCCUGACUACGGGGUUCCCACCUCAGCAGUGACUCUCAUCGACUUCCUGGGAGCCGUAAAGCGACAACAAAGAAAAAUGGUGAAGGCUUUAGGACUUCAGUGGACGGGCCACCCUCUAGGACCUCCGAUGGUGGUCCACUGCAGUGCAGGGAUUGGGAGAACAGGUACCUUCUGUGCCCUGGACAUCUGUCUGUCCCAGCUCGCAGAUGUAGGCUCUCUAAACGUAUGCCAGACAGUGCGGCGUAUGAGAACACAGAGGGCCUUCAGCAUUCAAACCCCGGACCAGUACUACUUCUGCUACAAUGCCAUUUUGGAGCACGCUCAAAGGCAGGGUCUGCUCCCAUCCAAUCAGUGAGGUUAAGCCCAAACCCAAUCUAGAAAUCUGCAGUCAUUCUGUAAUUCCCAUGAUGUGUUGUGUGACCAAUAAGUGCACCCAGUAAAGUUCACUUCUUCACA